AAGCUGGAGAGGUUCAGCAGCGAGUACCUGACCUCUCUCUCUCUGGCUGUCUAUGGGCGAUCUUCUUCGAGGUAGCAAAAAUCUCUGAGGGGUUCAACGAAGGCCUGACAAUGAACCCAUCAGGAUCGAGGCGACACUUCUCUUUGGGUGACAUCGGCACCAAAGACGGAAACGAUAAGAAACUUUGCCACCACCACCUAAGUGCCUGAAGCGGUGAAUAAUUGAACCGGGCGGCAAUAUCUACGGGUUGCGGUAGUGUCGACUACAGGUGAAGAGUACUGUUUGAGACAGGGACCGAUAACUGUCGUAGUCGUCGAUAGUAACAGAUUUGACGCCGGGCUAUCGGUUGUCUUUUUGCGAAUUGCAACAAGUGUAGAGUGCAUGAGGCGGUGUGAGGGUGGAUGCAUCGUUAAGGGCAGGUUUAAUAAGAGGCUAGGUCAUUUCGCGAUGAUGGCUCAUUUGCGCCGGAUCGAUACGGGCGAUAACAUCUAAAGGGAGGCGUGCGCGACCUGGAACCUGGAACCAAACUGUGAUCUAGUGACAAGAUUUAGUUAUAGUUUAGUGCUAGUCGAAGGUCGGACGAACUAUGAAGAACGUGGAAUGGGUGUACACUACGGGGUUUCUGUUGGCUGGGGCUUUGCUUGCCAGUGGGAGUCCCUUGUUCUGGGAAAGCAAUAGACCUACGAUGGUGGUAAGCAAGCUGGAUAUUACAGAUUCAACCAUCGAUAGUGAUCGGAUUAGCACACUGGUGGAUAAUGACACAGAAGAGCAAAGCGCGGGUGAAGUUGCCUAUGCUGACGUGGCAGAAAACGAGGUUGACAAUGUAAAACGGAUGAAAUCUACUACGGCCAGCAAGGAAGUUUCAGAUGACAGUGGCGCGGAUAUUAGCGAUGAAGAGAGUACGACGCAAACCGAAGAUAACACUACGGAAACAGACACCACCAUUUCGGAAUCUGAAACUACACAAGCAGUGACCGAAUCUACUGGCGAGGGAACGGGAAGUACUCAAACAGAAGUUCCAACAAAGGAAACUGAAACUACAGAUACAGAAGAAGUCAGUUCAUCACAGACAGAUCCAAGUGUAUCAGAAACUACAGCGGAGACCACCGCAAGUCAAACAAACACUGAAUCAGUCCCCUCAUCAACGGCAGCGGCCGAAUCAACAGAAACGGUGGAUACUACAACGUCGACUGUAACGGAGCCUCAAACCGAGCCGGAUUCCACAGUUAGCACCACGGAAACUGAAUCCUCUGUAGUGACAACUACGACUGCUGCCACAUCUGUGGACACAGAGUCAACGCAAGACGAAACCGAAGCAACUGGUCAGACGGAAAGCUCAUCACCCGCCGUGACUGAUCCGUUGGAAACUACCGUUUCAACGACAGAAUUCCAUUCCACGGAGACAUCUGAGAAUACCGAACCCGCCACUGAAUCAACUGUUGCAUCCACUGAAGCUUCCGCAACGGAAUCAACUCCGUCUGAAACCACUGAAACUACAGUUUCUGAAAACAGUUCAUCGCCUGUUGUAACAGAAUCCACGGAAACGGUGCACCCGACUGAUUCGACUGCCUUCGGAACAGAACCAACUGAUCCAGUUUCCGAGUCAACUCAGACUGAGCCGGCCACUACUGAGACUACUGAAACCACAAAUUCCGAAACGUCUACCGUUACAGAACCUCAAAGCGAGUCGACUGAAACAACCGAAAGUGAAUCUACAUCAACUGAGGAGAAUACGACGACCGCUGAAACAACGGAUACUACACAGUCUCAAACGGAGACCUCAAGCGGUGAAACCGAUUCAACGACUACCGAAUCCGGCAGCACUCAGUCUGAAACAGAUUCCACUGAAUCAACGAUAACUGAGACUACGACAGCGGAAUCAUCUACUACUGAUACGGAUUCUACCGAGACGACCCAAACCGAAACAGAACCCACGGAGCCGACGGUAACAGGGUCCACUACGAUUGAUACUACGACGACGGAAUCAUCAACAACUACAAACACAGAACCUACUGAGACACCUGGUAUCACGGAAUCGACUACGGAGAUCGGUUCGACUGAAACGGAAUCUCCUACAACAGAAACAAACGUGUUGAGUACUACCACGGAGACAGAAACUACAGAAACCGUAGAAGUGACCACCGAUGCUGAAACCGACACAACCAGCGAUUCUGAAACUGAACCUACCCAACCGGAGGGCACGGAUCCUACAGGUUCGGAUACUCCGACUACCGAAUCUCCGACAACCGCUACCACUCCGUCGGAAACUGUGACAGAGAACACCACUGAAACUACCGACGGAACAACGCAAACCGAAACCGACUCAACAACAGCGGAGGCAGCAACGGACACUACGGUUGAGUCCACGACCGAAGCCGAAACAGAGUCAACGGAACUACCCUCCGGAAGCACAGGUUCGACUACCGAGACAGAGCAUACCACCAAACCAACUGACGGAACAGCGUCAACUGAACCGGAGUCAACAACAACGGAGCUAGCAACGAAUACUACGGUGGAGUCCACGACCGGAGCCGAAACGGGACAACCCUCCGAAACACCUGGAACGACUCCCUCCGAACCACCUACCACCACCCCCAGUUCAACGACGACCCCAGCACCGCCAGUGACCACGGAGAGCACGGUAACUCCGGCCGGUUCGUCAUCCCCGACAAGCCCUGCGCCAGGAUCAACCGCCGCGCCGGUGACGGCCUCCAGCAGUGUUAUCUGCUUGGUGAUCACCUCAACGGUGGGAUUCGUGCUGGCCCACUGAAGUGGAUGCGUUUCAAUGCGUGAUUGAACUGUAGAUAACAGGACGGAUAGAGGAGGUACUCUCCACCACUUAACUGGAGAGGAUGAUGUACAAUAGCUAUCGGAUUUGCAGCUUAACUGUGUCCGUUUGAAGCGCUCGAGGUUUCGCCUCAAUUCUGUUGUUGACUAUUUAAGCCCGCGGAUUAAGUGAUUGCGCGGCAAUUCGUACCUUUAUCAAUAAUAAUAGCUAGGAUUCGAUGUGCUAAAAGUAUUACUUUCGGUCUGCUUCAAUGACUCAGUUCGAAUCAUUGCUGUCUAGACAGUUGAAAGUUGUUCAAUAAAUUAAGUUUGAUGUUA